UCAAUCCAAUCAGAACUCAAACUGAGCAAGUCACAAAAGGAUCGGAAUCUUAGAAUCAGAAUGGCGCAGAAUAGAAGGAAUGUGUUUGUUCCACUCAAACCUGGUUUGGCAGCCACAAUUCAGCCAUGUCCACCAACACAAACAUCACUGCCUCCUGGAAAAGAAACCGUCUUCUGCCCCUAAAACUGUGAAUAAUAACCGAGCAUUGUGUUUUGAGUACUGUGUUUUAGGUAUUCAGUGUUGCAUAUGACACUUUUCUGCUGUAAUGAAUGGAUUCAGGUUUAAGAUGCCACAAAAUUCUUGUAUUGCCUUCUAAAACUGAUUUACAGUUUGUGCCUUUAUGACGUUUGAUACUUAUGAACUUUGGUUCGAACAAGCAGCUACGUAAAGGAGAUUGAUGUUUUCGUUGCAAUCGGCAAAAAAGUCACUGGAUUCCACAAAGCAGCUUUCAAACCCGGCUGAGAAGUGAGACAUCAUGACCGACGCUAAAACUCUACUGAGGAACAAGCCGACCCAACGGUUUCGGAAAUCUUCGCCUUCCUGCGAUGUGAGCAAGUUGACCCCCGAGCAAAAAGCACGCUAUUUGGCCUUUGCCGAUCCCACCAAGCCGGAUGUGAAAACGAUGCUGGCUACAGCUCUUAUGAAAGAGAGAAAAGUCCUGGACAAUCGGCAAAGGGAACUGGACGAUAAAAACCUGAUUGGGGUCCUCAAGGCUUCCGAAGCGCGGAACCGCCUUCGAAACGCAAGGCUCCAGUACCAGAAUUUGAGAGCGCAAGAGAUCAACUUCCUGAUCUCCUUCCAGAGGAACGCAAAAGGCGCCGUGAGGUUGGAAGUCUUCCUCCCGCCCCGGAGAAACAUUGCAAAAUUGUCUGACUGCAUGAACACCAUUCAGCGGAGUCGGAUUGAGGAGAUUCUGGAAGACGAAAGUGGAUUUGAUGUUCAAAGCAAACAUAAUCCUGACAUUUGAGAAUAUUAUUGCCUAAUGUUGAAAGAUUUUACCCAAAUGAGAUGAGAUGAGCCACAUCUCAAUUCUGUGAGAUCAGUUCCCUUCUGACCCUGAUAUGGCGUCUCCAAAAAGGAAAACUUUGGGCUGUUAGCAUUUCUUUUCCCACCCCCCAUCGUUGCUAGAUUUCGGGAGAAAGUGGAAGAAGUAACCAGCAAAAGGCAUAUAUUUGAAGUUCAAAGUAGUUUCUUCAUUGUGGUUGUAUUUUUAGUCCAAUAACAGGGGAGCAAUCAUGGGCUUCUUGUAAAUUUAUUCUUACACUCAUGUAAGAAAUGUAAAUGUGGAGAAAAGAAACUCGAGGCUCACGAAUUUAAUCCAAUGUAAAUUUUACUGUAAACGUAUGUGCGCAAAUAAUUCAAUUUACUAUUUCGAGUAAACGAGCUUUCUUGCUAACAUCUAGGCUCAGUUAGCUUUCUUGCUAACAUCUAGGUUGCCAGUUAUGCUUGGAAACCAUUACAAUUUGGGAUUGUGUGAAGUUGCAAGGAUUGUAUACGACAACAGUGCACGCCGAUUUGUUACGUGUUGGGUUUCCAGUUUUUGCUGAGUUCUGUUUUCAUUCAGUGUUCCACAGACAGCUGUUUCGUGCAGGUAUCAUAGAUCCAUAUAACUAUAACCCAGAUACCAAAUAGAUUAAGAAUUGCAUUAACAGCCAGAUUAAAAGAAUUCUAGAUUUCGUCUUGUACUGUAUUUCAUUUGUUCUACUGCGGCUUGCUUUGAGCAUUGUAUGCGCUAAGGAAGCAUGUAAAUAAAAUUAUUUUAGCCGUA